ACAACAGCUGAAAGCGUCCUAAAUGCAGUCUUGUAAUAUACUCGCCGUACUGUGCAGCGUUAAUCCCCCCUGAACCGACUGCUUUGGAAUAAGGGGCGGGCUUUACGCGGAGGUCAAAGCGCUGCUCCGGCGCCUCCUUUCCGUCGCCGAAACCUCUUCACGGGCAGAUAUCCCGCUCUUUGAGAAAUGGAUGCUUUUAAUCAGAUGUUAUCACAGUACCCUCAUGCCUUGUAUGGAGGAGCUGGAGCAACGGCAUGCGCUACUGGAGUCUUAAUAUACCGAAUUGUAACAAGGAAGAAGCCGACGCAUGUUAUUGUGAACUGUUGGUUCUGCAACCAAGACACAGUGGUUCCUUAUGGAAACAGAAACUGCUGGGAUUGUCCUAACUGUGAGCAGUACAACGGUUUCCAAGAGAAUGGUGACUACAACAAGCCCAUCCCAGCACAGUACAUGGAACACCUGAACCAUGGCGUGUCCGCAGGUCUCACCCAGGCAGAGGCGGCUCGGCCGCUGCAGUGGGUCAACUGCCAGAUGCUUCUGUGCAAAAAGUGUAACCACAACCAGACCUUGAAAAUCAAGCAGCUGGCCUCUUUCCUGCCUCGUGAUGAGGAGAAGUACGACGAGGAGAUUGAGGUGUACCGGCACCACCUGGAACAGACUUACAAGCUGUGUCGGCCCUGUCAGACUGCUGUGGAGUACUACAUCAAGCACCAGAACCGGCAGCUACGUGCACUGCUGUUCAGCCACCAGCUGCGGCGUGGGCGCGAUGCUCAGCUGGGCUGCGUGCAGGCCUCCCACUCAGUCUCGCCCCCAGCACUGGUGAUCCUCCUUCGCUUCCUGGCCUUCCUUACCUGUGUGUUCCUGGUGCUGAUUGCACUGUAUGGGCGGCACCCAUUUCUAGCCCCUGCAAGCCCCUUGCAGACACAGAGUGGGGGUGUGAUCUCACCUGGAUCCAGCCCUCUCCGCGAGAAUGUGUCGGACCCCAGCGGUAGCGAGUCGGCGGGGGUGUGGCGUGAGCUGCUGGGCCUGGUGCCAGGUGAUGCCCUGGAGAAGGCCCAGGUAGCCUGGGACUACGGCAAUGACCAUCAGAUGGUGCUGGUCUUCCUGGGCCUGCUGACCUGUGUCAGUAGCAUUUUCCUCGCUGGCCUCAUCAGGCUGCGGCGUAUUGACGCUAUGGCCUCACUGCUGUGGUUCCUGGUCCUGAGCCUGUACCUGCUGGAGAGUUACCUGCUGCCAGACACCCCGGGUUGGCUUGACCCGGUCAAGCUGAGCUCCACGGCCCUCUGCUGCCUGGUGGGCUUCGCAGCCGCCGUGGCCACGCGCAAGCCUGCCAGCCCGAGGAGAGCCAGGGCUCGAAGGUAUCUGUGUGGCGGCUCUUUGGGCUCCUGCUAUGACGGGCAUUUCCCAGUGAUGGCGUCGGCCCUGUCGGGACCCUCUCCCCCCUUUGCACCUACACCGCCCCCCAAUCUGUUGCACUUUCUCAGCCGCCAGCUGUGCCAGCAGCGGGGGCGCCGGGCCUCCCCCUCCUCUCUGCCGGGCCGCCUGAGUAGAGCCCUGUCCCUGGGCACUAUACCCUCCCUUGCCUGCACGGAUUCAGGUCAGCUGUUCAGUGGCAGCCGUCAGCCUUCACUAUGUAAAGAUUCUCUGGCAUCAGACUACUUCUCAUUAAAGUCCGGAAGCCGACCUUCAUCCCCAGGACCUUCCCCGGCCCCUUCAGUCGCGGGGUCUGUGACAUCCACGUCCAGCUCGGCCCGCCACCGUCGGCCCAUCAUCAGCCCGGCUAGGCUGCACCUGGGCGGAAAGAAGCUGCAGCUAUUCUCCAGUCCCAUGGAGCCCAGCUCGCCGUCUGCGUCUCGCUGCUCGCCGGAACCCGGCCUCUACCCCAGCUCCAUAUUUGGCCCAGAAUCCUUGGCCUUCCCUUCCAGCAACCGUGACCUGGGUUCCCUUCUAGAAGAUAGCAGCAUGUAUGAAGAUGUAGAGGAAAAGAAGAAGAGUGGCUCCUCAAACUCUUCUACCUGCCUGGUGGACACUACGACCGGAAGGGGCGUGGAAAGCAGAAGCGCACUGAAGGGCAUUCUGCGCUGCUCUCUCUGGCUGAGUCUCCUGGGUGCUAGCUUGACAGCCAACCUGGUAUUUGCCUCCCUGUACUGCUACCACACCUGGAGAUGAGCACAGAUGCCCCAACCCCUCCUCACUGACCCCUGAUCUUCACCAUGGCACUAAGCUUCAAAGUGUCUCUUAUAACGUGUAAGCUGGGACCUCCAACCCCCCCCACCACAGAUUUACAUUUUCAUUUUUCAGUUUAGCAAGAUCUAUAGAAGCUCCUGGAUUACAGCAAUUCAGAGCAUUUGGAGAACACGCUCUGUUGGAAAAUACUCAGAAGGUGUAAAAUACUUCACGCUCAAGUGUGACGGUGCAUUUUUGUCUAGUGCAUUACUUCUUAUUUCUUAUUUUUAUUACUUUUUUAAUUACUUGGCACACUUUAUGUUGCAAGUUUUAUGGAACUGUCUGUGGAAGUAAAGGUUGUCCUUGCUUGACAAGACGGCCUGAGCUCCGCCGGAGUUCUCGGCGUGCGCCGCCUUCGUCGUGCUUCUACACGUGUCCUCAUCAUUUCAGAAUGUAAACCAAGCUUUCGUGCUUGAGUCGUUUUUGUAUUUGGCAGCAAUUGUUCCAUUAGCAGGAGCAAUUGGAUAAGAAGAAAUACUUGAAUAUCGGCUGUGCUGGCAGUGCAGCCCCUGUAAUGUGGGCGUUUCGCAUGGGCCGCCCCCCCAAGCUGCUGGGUCACACUGGCAUCCCGUCUGUGGGGGCUGUUGGUCUGUCAGGCUGCUGUCGUGCGGGGAGACUGGUUUGUUAAUGCCAAACACGGUGUGUCCCAGACUACAGGGCCGUCUCCCCUGCUCUGUGUUUUGUUUUAAAUCUAUGCUAAAGGUCCCUGUUUUCCUUGGAUCAUCCAUGUGGAGAAUUUUGGCAAGGAAAAUGUACAACACUGUUAAUCUGGUCUGGGAAAAGAUGACAUUUCUACUUUUUGUUGUAUUUGAAAUGUAACUGCUGUGUCAGCUUACAUAAUUUGUCGUGAAACAUGACUCCUGGGUUUAUGUGUUUACAUGUUCUGUGAAUAAGCAUUUCUCCAACCUUAACCACAACUUUUUAUUUAUCUUUUUUAACACAAUCCUGAAGUGAAACCUGUCACUUUUGUGUGUUAUGUUACUUUACUCAGAUCAGUUCAGACACUAUUUUGGCACGAGGACUCUUGAGUUUAAAGGCAAAUUGAAACCUAGUUUGAAAGCUGUAAAUCAGUGUUAUUGGAUCAGAGGUUGCAUUUACAGUGACUAUAUGAUUGAGGUUCUCUACGUUUCAUGAAUUUCAGAUGCCAUGAUUCAGAUUACUGUAGCCCCUUGAGAUUUUUACGUGGUAAGAAUAAACCAUGUUUUACACAUUUAUACAGUAUUCAUUUAUUGUUCUACUGAAAUCAUCCAGGUGUGUAAUACUUUCACAUCUCCCUGGUUUGAUUUAUUGUUGUAGAUUAUAUAGACCUGCUUUAGUGACAGGCUCAUGAAAACACCUUUCAAAUAUGCUGUUAGCUGUAAGGGAAAUUAUUGCAUUUUUUUUUGCCCAAAAACGGUAGAAAAAGAGCAUUUGAACUGAUGCUGAAACAGUGGCAAAACGGGGCUUUUCUUCCUGGUGCUAAUUUAAUGGGUGAAAGUUUACAUCAUGUUCAUAAUGCGUAUAAAUGAUUGUGUUUCAAUGCACUUUCCCUUAUCUGUACUAGAGUAAUGCAAUUUGAGAUCAACUAAUCCCGAGAAUUUCCUUAUGCAAUAUUUUUGGAAGAACAGGUCAAAUACAAAACCUUUUGAAAAAGUUUGUGAUAGUUUGUGUGACAAUAUAAUUAUUUGUCUAUAAUAAUCAAGUUGGAUACUUGGAUGAUAAUUUUCUGAUUUUAACUUUCCUGUUGCCUUCAGAAUUUUUGAGUCUCUUGUUUUUUCUCCAAAUAAAGGUUAAAGCAUGACAUUUAUCACCAUAAUAUAGGUUUUGUUGAAGAUAAUGAUAGAAUGAUGAUGGUAUUACAAGACCAAAUCAUGUGUGUGUCCCAUUUUGUAAGGAAGGCUUUCUCAUUUUUAUUCGUGUCGCUGAUGGACUUGAUAUAGUGCGUUCACUUUUUCUGUGACACAAACAUCACCAAAAUUGAUGAUAUACAAGCGUAUAGCAACAACACAUUAUCUUCUGAAAAACAGAUUUAAAUUCAUCUGUGAAAGAAUAAAGUUUAGGUUCUUUUUCACUGUUUAAAAACCUGUGGUGAAUUAAGACACCAAGAUAUAAAAUCUAUGUUGUAUUGCAACAGCGUACCCUAACAACAUGCCCUGUGUCUCUUGUGUAGACAUAUUUACAGGUUCUGUAAGUGUUUAAAUUAUUACAAAAAAAUCUUACCCAAAAAUACGAAAAUAAUUUAACACAUUUACACAGAAAGUGUCCUGUCCAUUAAUUUAAAGAAAAAAUUACCCUUCCCCUCUCCAUGAGAGGUCCUGCAUUAUUUAAGAAAUCCAACAAGCUGUGUAGUUAGCAACUGGCUAAAUGGAAAUGCCCUUAUUUUUUCUGUAAUUGUUGGUGUUUUGACUUGGAUGGUAUGUAAGUUGAAUAAAGGUUUGUUUCAACCAAGUAUAAUUAUAACCUUGAAGAUGAUGACCUAAUGCAAACCCAGAAGGCGUCAUCAAAACAUUGAGAGUUUGCAUCUAUAGAAAGCUGUGAAAUAUUUAGAGUAUUAUAUACAAUACAUAAUUCUGAAUGCAAUUGGGAAGUAAAUCAUCUGUAUGUUUAAAAUU